AUGCUUGAAAUCUAUAGCACGCCAUGCCAGCAAAAUCAAAGGCAACCCCAAGCUAUUGGCCCAUACGGCGCUGAACGCGACGUGUUUCACCGCGAAAUCGACGUCGAGGUUGCUAAAAGACGUGUCGAGGACCCAUCGGCUGAAGACCAACUUUAUACAGAAUCGUUGAGAAGAAACCCCAAAGAUCCGAAGGCAUACAGCAAUGGAGCCGCAUGCUACACAAAAUUGGGUGCUUUGCCUGAGGGCUUGAAAGAUGCUGAGAAGUGCAUUGAGCUUGAUCCAACAUUUUCCAAGGGUUACACAAGAAAGGGAGCUGUUCAGUUCUUCAUGAAGGAGUAUGACAGAGCUUUAGAGACAUACCAGGAAGGAUUGGAACAUGAUCCAAAUAACCAGGAAUUGCUCGAUGGUGUUAGAAGAUGUGUAGAACAGAUCAACAAAGCUAGUCGAGGUGAUUUGAGCCCUGAAGAAUUGAAGGAAAGACAGGCCAGGGCAAUGCAAGAUCCGGAAAUUCAAAACAUUCUGUCGGAUCCAGUCAUGAGACAGGUGUUGACUGAUUUUCAGGAGAACGCAAAGGCAGCACAGGAGCACACGAAGAAUCCUAUGGUGAUGAACAAAAUUCAAAAGCAGACCUCUGCUGGCAUUGUCCAGAUGAGGUAAAU